AAGAUCAUAAUAGCGUUAGAAAAACUAUAAGUAGUACGGUUUGCAUUAAAAUCAAUUUAAGCGCGAUAGGCGCACGUGUAGUGCGUCCUCGUUAAUCUGGUGGUUUGUGAAACUGAGCGCCUCCUGGCGACGAGGGUAACGGGUGACGGAUGACGGGUGGCGGUGCUUGGACUUGCUCGGAACACCUUCGGUACGACGCGCGGAAGAAUGUUCUUCUGGACCAAUAUCCUUCAGGCAGGAUGGCGGGUAACAAAACAACAGGUAGUGUCUUGCAAUUUAGACCGAUUGAGGUGUCUCAACAACUACAAGACGGAGAAAAAUUCAUCAAAUGGGAUGAGGAUUCUGGUAUAGUAACUCCAGUAACAUUGAAGGUAGACAAGUUUGGAUUCUAUUUGCAUUGGGUGGAUCAACAUAAUGAGAUGGAUAUGUUGGAUAUUGCUGUAAUAAGAGAUACAAGAACUGGGAAACACGCAAAAGUACCGAAGGAUGCCAAAUUAAAGCAUCUUGUGACAAUGGGUUCUCAAGAUUCUUUAGAGGAAAAGACAGUAACAAUUUGCUAUGGAUCUGACUUUGUCAAUAUGAAUUUUAUUAACUUCUGUACAACACGAGCAGAAGUUGCACAACAUUGGACAGAGCAAAUUUUUCAGCUCGCGUAUAAUUUAUCUCUAUUAAAUAUCAGCACAACUAUGUUUUUACAAAAAGCACACACUAAACUUACACUUGGAGCUGAUAAGUCAGAAAAGAUUCCUGUAAAGAACAUAAUAAGAAUGUUUACGCAAAACAAAGAAGAUCGUAAACGCGUCGAGAAAGCGCUUGAUAUUUCCGGUUUUCCAUCUGGGAAAAAUGACGUAAUAUCAUUACAAAAAUUUCAAUUUGAAGAUUUUUUCAACUUUUAUAAAUCUCUUACUCAACGAUCGGAUGUUGAAAAAGUUUUCGAACGCAUCGUAGGCAAUAAUAAGCGUAGGCUAAUGUCCAUCACCCAAUUUGUUGAUUUUUUGAAUAAAACUCAAAGAGAUCCGCGUUUAAACGAGAUAUUGUAUCCUUAUGCAAAUGAGGCGAGAGCAAAGGACAUUAUAAGUCAAUAUGAACCAAAUAAAUGUAAUGCCAACCGGGGUCAACUAAGUUUCGAUGGAUUUUUGAGGUAUUUAAUGAGCGAAGAUAACCCAAUCGUAGCUUUAUCGAAACUUGAAUUAUCGGACGAUAUGGACCAGCCGCUUGCGCAUUACUUUAUAAAUUCUAGUCACAAUACAUACUUAACAGGACAUCAACUUACCGGAAAAAGUUCCGUUGAAAUAUAUCGUCAGUGUCUGCUUGCUGGUUGUAGAUGUGUAGAAUUGGACUUUUGGAACGGAAAAUUUGAUGAACCUGUCAUUGUGCAUGGAUAUACAUUUGUACCUGAAAUAAGUGCACGAGAUGUAAUUGAAGCAAUUGCUGAAAGUGCUUUCAAAACAUCAGAAUAUCCUGUUAUUCUUAGCUUUGAAAAUCAUUGUAAUCCAAGACAGCAAGCUAAAAUAGCUCAGUAUUGUAGAGAAUUAUUUGGAGAAAUGCUGCUAGACGCACCUCUUGAAUCUCAUAAGUUGGAACCAGGACAAGAGUUACCACCUCCAUCUUUAUUAAAACGUAAGAUUAUAAUCAAGAACAAAAAGAAACAUCAUCAUAAGAAAAAGGAGCAUAAGAAGAAGGAACCGACACCAAUAACAGAAUCUGAAGAAGGAACUCAAGAAAACGAAGAUAACGGAGUAACGAAUCAAGUAGCGGAGGGAGAGAAUGGUACGUCACCAGAUAUUGUUCCUCAAGUUGAAACAACUGACAAAGAUCAGCAAAUUGGAAAUGGAGACAUUUCACAUCCCCCUAUGCUGCAGCAGAGGCAAAGUAGUAAGGAUAGCACUCAGGAUGAUGAAGAUGAAGAAGAGGAAUCAAGCACAGAAGAGGAUGAAUCAAAUGUGGAGGACAUUAAAUGUGAUAAAGUGCCUGCACCUGACAAAGUAGCAUCUAGCGCGAAAGAAACGGAAGCUGGAGCGGAAAUUUCGGCUUUAGUUAAUUAUGUGCAACCUGUUCAUUUCAACAGUUUCGAAUCGGCUGAAAAGAAAAAUCGUAUGUACGAGAUGUCAUCAUUCGACGAAAAACAAGCUACGACGCUUUUAAAAGAAAGACCAUUAGAGUUUGUAAAUUAUAAUAAACAUCAACUAUCUAGAGUGUACCCGGCAGGCACGCGUUUCGACUCUAGUAAUUUUAUGCCUCAAGUGUUUUGGAAUGCGGGUUGUCAACUGGUCGCAUUAAAUUAUCAGACACUUGAUCUUGCUAUGCAAUUAAACUUGGGAAUUUUCGAAUAUAAUCAACGUUGCGGGUAUCUUCUGAAGCCAGAAUUUAUGAGACGAAAAGAUCAACGAUUGGAUCCUUUCGCGGAAUCAACUGUAGAUGGUAUUAUAGCGGGAACAGUUCAUAUACACGUAAUAUCUGCUCAGUUCUUAACAGACAAAAGAGUGGGUACUUACGUGGAAGUAGAUAUGUAUGGUUUACCAGCAGACACAGUGAGAAAGAGAUUUCGUACGAAAAUUGUUCCAAACAAUGGAAUUAACCCUGUGUACGACGAGGAACCUUUCAUAUUUAAAAAGGUUGUCCUGCCUGAACUUGCUUCAAUUAGAAUAGCUGCGUACGAGGAAUCAGGUCGUUUAAUUGGUCACAGAGUAUUACCUGUGGUUGGGUUAUGUCCGGGCUACCGACAUGUCGCUCUUAGAACAGAAUGUGGUCAACCAUUACCAUUAGCAAAUUUAUUUUUACACGUAAUUGUGAAGGAUUACGUACCAGAUGGGCUGAGUGAGCUUGCCGAAGCUUUGGCAAAUCCAAUUAAAUAUCAGAGUGAAACAGAAAAAAGGGAAAAGCAAUUAUCAGUUCUUACAGAUUGUGCAGAAGAUCCGGAGGAAAUUGAUGAUAAGCCUAAAGUUGGUGAAGGAGCAACUUCUUCUAAACCAACUGAGGAAAUCGUCAAGACAAAAAGAUUACAAUCUGUCGGUGAAUUACCAACACUUACUCCGACAUCGACGAAUGUUCAUGGUAGACCAUCUGUUGCUGGUAUAAACACGUCUGAUUCACAAGAUAAUGAGCAUGGAACGUCGACACCUACGGUUCAAGCCGUUGAUGCUUCUACAAAUAAAAGUCCAGUCAAUGUCAGCGGCAUGAGUGAUGAAAUAGUGGCUGAAUCAUUAGAAAAAUUAAUGGAGAACAAACUCGUCCGAGAGAAAAAAAUGGAGCUUGAGAAAAAACUCGAAUCAUUACGGAAAAAGCAUGAGAAAGAAAAAUUAAGGAUGCAAACGCAAAAAGGAUCUAUUGAUGGUGAAAAGCACAAAUCGAAAUUUUAUGUCAGCCAUAAAUUAGUGAAACGGUUGUCGAGUAGGAAUAUUUUUUCAAGCGAAGUAGGGUUGAGCACGUUAGCUUUAGCAGAAACAUCAGAAUGCCCAGACAUAGAAAAUCGCGAAGGAAAUGGUGGAGCUCCAAAGGGACUUCCCAGAAGUCAGAGCGAACGUUUGCUGGCUGUAUGUAAAGCUCAUGUGCAACAAGAACGGGAACUUCAAGAAAAGUAUUAUGAAAGCUUGUUUUCAACAGUAGAGAAAGUAAUGAAAACCUCUCAAUCUAACCAAUUAAAAACAUUGAGAGUACUUUUGGAACGAGAAACCGCCGAUGUUAUGAGAAAGCUUCAAGCCACGAGGCAUGGAGAAGUGAAACAGCUAGCAAAAGUACAUAAAGAUAAAGCCGAGCUAGAUCGUAUGAAGAGGGAAGUUGCAAAGUCCACGGUUGAAAAGGGCGUGAAUGAAUGUACACGGUUAACGAAAAUUUAUGAGAAAAAGAAGGCAGAGCUGGAACGACAGCACGAACAAGUUCGACAAAGGCUAGAAGCAGAAAGGACAAAGAUCAAAGCAUCUCUAAUGGCAGAGUACAGCAGUCGAUGUAGUAAAUUCGAGAGUGGGGAGCUACCUUUGUCGCCAUCCGGCGGAACAAGUAUGCCGGAAUCUCUUAGUGGGAAUACGUAUUGAUUGACUAAAAUGAUCGAUAAUUUAAUAUCGAUGUCUCGUAAUGACAUGGUUGGAAUAUUCUCAAAUCCAUGGCAGUAAACUGCUUUUGCUGAAAGCGUGUAUCUAUUUGGGAAGUUGAUAGUAACAGAUUGUGCGUUGCGCAUCCCAAACAAAAAGGGGUCGCAGCGGCGGUGUAAUGAUAGAAAAUUCGUGAAGUCUACGCAGUUACCUGUGUUUUGCUAAAAUAAUUUUAUUUACUUCCAAAAAUCUCCUUUGCAAAACGUGCAGCAUUUAUAAGGUGAUAUAUGAUUUCGAUGAGCAGAACGCCAUCAGAUUAGAAGGUAAUUGUUAUAUGAUGUUUUGUCCACAAAGCAUUUUAUAAACGUCUUACGUACGAGGAAUGUCUUUUGAAAAGAUUUAAUGAUCUGAUAAGCAACAUUUUAACUGAUUGCUACGGAUAAAUGCGUUCAAACACGAGAAUCUCGUCGCAUAUGAGUUAUUAUGAAAGGUUCGGCGUUGAAUAACGCGUUAAGACUAUUUUCUAUUUACUCAAAGUUCUUUGAAAGAUUAGUAAUAUAUAUCGAUCGAUUGUUUAAUCGAUUGAUUCUCUGCGCAUGCGGGAACGCCAUUUUGAUCUCAACACGGAAAGUAGCAUUGACCAUUGCGUUCGCAAGGAUAGGACGUUUAUCUUUUCUUUUCUUUUGUUUUCUUUUUUUAUUCGAUGUUACUUACGCAUAGUAUUAAACGCACUAUUCUCUUUACAUAAAAGAUCAUCGUUGUCAGUGCCGAGAUUUUGUUCCAUUUUAAAAGCCAAUGAAAUUUCGGAAGGUAAGAGCGAAGAGUAUGACUAUGUGAGAGAGGUACACGAUUCUAAAUAAGAAUAAUGUUUCUAAGUGCUACUAUUUAACUUGUUAUUAUAUGUAUAAGAUGUUAUUUAAUUAACAAGUCGAUGUUAAAUCGCGUUCCAGGAUACUCGGGUUGUUUAUAAUACGAAAAAACAUUACUGAUCGGUGUGUUGGUCGGACUUUGCCGAAUUCAAAAUGCGACGAUAAAGGAAGUACGUUAGUGAGAGUGAAAUCUCUUUGGCCUAGAGGUAAGGAACGCGAUAAAGUUUAUGAUUCGGAUGGGCGUGUGCGUGAUUUGAUAUAUUUUUGACUGAAAGUACUCCGUAUAAAGACAUUUUUUGAAUAGUCCGUAUUGUGAAUGAUAAAGAGACCGUAUUGUAUAAAGAAAGCAAAUCUAGAAAAAACAAAAAAAAACAAAGAAGAAAAAAGAAACUAAAUAUUAAUGGAAACGUUUCUAGCGUUUUUGUACCGCGCGAUUUCAUGCUGCAGCCAUUUUGAGGCCGGAGCGAAACGAUUGGGGCGAGCCUCUUUUAGGAAGACAAUCAAAAAUGUUACGCUGUAACAUUGUCCUUGUUGUUUCUAAUUAUACGAUAAUUUAAGUAAUUCGAUAUUACACAUACGUAUUAUAUAUAUAUAUAUACACACAUAUAUCUUAAUAUAUAUAUGUAUAUUAUACAUACAUACAUAUGUGCAUACAUAUGUACAUAUAUAUGUAUAUUCUUAACAGUUAUUACAAAUUUGGGGUUAAACGCCACACACCUAUGCAUUGUAAAUCUUUCUCGUGUGAUCCAUCGCAUUAAUUUAUUUGGUAAUCGUCAUUUCGGUACGUCGGAAGUAUCGAGAAUCGCGAGCUUUUACAAAAUGUCGUUUUAUUGAUGAUUCGUGCUCAUGACCGAUAUACCAUUACAUCUUAUAAUAUGCAACAUGUGUGUAUAUAUAUACACACAUACACGCACGCACACAAACAUUCGUAUACAUUCACGUGCACAAACAAAACGUAAUCGUGAUCAAUGCGAAUAGAAAGGAAAGGAGUACCUUUGCAAUUAUAAUACUGUCGUCGUUUAUGUUGCGCCGACGGGUUACGAGCGGAUCAAUCCCUUCGAUUUGGAGACUGAACUUGAUCCUGAAUCGUUGGUAAACUAUUGUCUGUUCUUGAUUAUUUUGCCACCGUCGAUUUAUUUAUUUAACGGGGCCUCUUUUAUAUUACGAUGUACAAAGUUUCGUGUGUCUUGCGAAAAUUUCAAUCUGCACAAUGAACGUUUGCGUAACUUGUUAGUGUUUAGGCUCGUUUCAUUUUGACCAUUUUUGCGAGAUAUCGCGAAAAGGGAGUCAACGUUCUCCGUGUUGCGCAGUUCUACGCUCCAAUUGUACAUGUUAGUUUUGUGUAAAUUUAUAUCUUUAGGGUUACUUCGUUUUUCUAAAGAUCAUUUGACGCAACAAUUUUUAUGAAAUUUUCUUUUAUCGUAUUUAUAAUUUGGACGAUUUUACAAUGAGUCAAUGCAACCAACGAUGUAUGAAUUGGGUAUACACUGUUUUCUCGAGGCAUAGAAUUUUUCUGGUAGUAGGUAUGCGAGCGAUUCGUACGGUUUAGUUGGUCGACUGAAGUAGAAUAUGCGCUCGAUAACGGAAAGAUACUGACGAUAGCGAAAAUUGCAAGUCCUAUGAGAAACAUAGUGAGAAGGUAUCCUAAACCUCUAGCAAUGUUAUAGUAACUGGCUGUUUAAUUCAUGUGCAAAACACUGUAUUUUUGUUAUUAUAAGAUGGGUAUUAUCGUAUGUUGCGUAUCCGGCAGAAAGAGAUCAGUUUAGCGUUAGGUAGUUUAGCGUGUCCGCUUAAACGUAGCUGUAGAUUUCCAUCCGGAUGAAACGGUCGUACACGUCGAGUUACCAUUUCCUUAAGUUUAUGUCGAUUUAUCGUGAUUGCAUUUCUCAACGAGUUACCAUCUUCCACAAGAGGAGAAGGAAAAGAAAAAUGUUAUACGUUGCGGUGGACUCGAUUGGUGAGAAUAUUUAAGUCGAGAGGAAAUCAGUGAUAAUCUAUUAAAAGAUGAGAUAAUGUAAAUGUAAGCGGGUAUAAUUUAAGUAGCGGUAGUCAUUGGACUACCUGUAGCGUUCUAACGCGAGAGAAAUCAAUAGUAUAUUAUGCUAAGUCGUACAAGAUUAUCGGAAGUUUAUAUAUAUAUUAUAAUAUGUAUACAUAUAUAUGUAAUGUUCGUAUACACAUUAUACGUGUGUCGAUGUCUUUCUGAUCGUUUAGUCGCAACGAUGCACGCCUCUCGCAUCGCUGAUCCUUGCGAUACCAAACGGGUUCAACGGGGUGAGGAAGGAAGUUGGGGUACCAGAAGAUUUUCACGAUUCGAUGCAAAGCACAAUGUUCGAUAGAUUUCCAAGAACCGUACAGGUAUCGCGGCGAUGCGUGGGCGUAAAUUUCUCCAAACGCUUGUAUAGACAAGAGCGGAACGUUUUACGAAUAAUCGAACUGCGAAGAGAAUCAGUUCCUCGAUUAACCAGGUUACGUGUGUUGCGGCGAUAUCGAACCGCGUUGAAUACGUUUCGAUUGUUCGUAUCUAUAGUUUUGCCGCAAACAUUUUGGUCUCGCGAGCCGGUGUGCAAAAGUCCUCCGAGAAAAUCGAGUCAGGUUCGGCUCGCGCAAUGCAUUUUCUUUGAAUAUUUUUUUUUCUCCGCGCGCCAUAUCUUAAAGAUAUCGCACAAUUCAAUCGGGACGAUCAUCGUUUCGUCCUUUUCCUAUAUUCCUGUAAUAUGCAUAAUGCGUACGCGAGCGCCAUUAGAACGUCUUCGAGAGACAGGUCGUCUGAAUGUAUUUGCUAUCUGUGCCAGCGUAUACGCGCUCGUAUAUUAUGUAUAUUACACACGUACCUAAUGUAUAAGUAUAAGAAAGAACUAGGCUACGAGGACAGAUAUUAUAUUCAUGUUGAUAUAUUAUGUGUUGUUGCUGUUGAUGUUGUUAAUAGUAGAGUAGCGAAAAGGUGGCAGUACUAGUAUAGUCGUUGUUCAUAUAAAGUUAAUGCGAGGCUAGUUUUGUGUUACUUGUAUACGAUACAUCGUCGCGUAAUCCAUACGAAGACAAAUCGGGACACUCGCUAUAUCGUAUCAGCUGUCGUAUCGCGAAGCUUGCCAAAAUUGAAAUAUGUUUUCCCGACGGAACGAACGAUCGCGGCUGAUCGAACGGCGGCGAUUCGUGCGAAUUGCGCGCACAUUUUAUCGGCGUAUCGAUUAAAAGAGACGCGACAAAGGGUGUACAGAUUGUACGUACACAUUGCGAUUGUAUGUUGUAAGGAAUUUUGAAACGGCCUAUCGACGAUCAUGACGGUUUGGAAUGUCGUUCACGUUCUUUUUGAAAUACCAUGCGUGAGAUUUUUGAAAGGACGUUUAGUCUUUUCUUCCAGGAGUUUCGUUAAUCACGUGUGCCCAGGAGAGUGUCUCGCGCGAACAAGCGUCAACCAAAAUUCGAUCGUGUUUAUUAUAUGGUCUCGCGUUACAAUUUCCACCUCGCGCAAUCUUUUUCUAUGAUACCGUACAAUUAUCCGGCUCCCGUAUAACAAGGAUCUCUUGUGAAACAACGAUUCUUCGUACCUGACUCGAUUCGUCUGUCGGUCCAACGUUUUCCGUGAGCUUAUUCUACAGAACCGCGAAGCGCGAUAAAAAGCGAGCAGAGAAACAAGCACGCGAGAACGGGACACGCUUUCUUAUCGCAUUCAAAUGCCAAGCUCUGCAAACAAGCCGUUGUUCUCCGAUCGUCAAGUCUGUCAAUUCUUCGAUGCUUCGAAUGUUCUUCGAUGUUCGGUGUGAUUUUUCAUUCUAUCGACUGGUUCGUUCUUCUUGCGAUCUUCUAAAUAGUUGUUUUUCUCGCAUUGUUUCUCGAUUAUCGAGCAGAGUGUUCUUAUUGUUAUACAUGUAGUUCUUUAGCCUUGUCGAACAUGUAUCGUCAUGAUUAUUCUUGCCUUCCACUUUAAGCGACUCUCCAUAGUUCGAUGCGGGGACACGAAGCAACGUAAUUUCUACGGCAUCGUAUCAUAAGCGUUUGUGUCUUUCUUUCUUUGAAACAGGCUGGUUGGUUCGCCGAUAUUUUCUUCUCAUUAAUCGGUAUCCUUUGGAAAGCUAUUUGAGCUAAAUUUAUUGUUCCCUAUGUAUCGCGUAAGAAACAGUGGUAUCGAUCGUCGCGGAAUAUUUACGGACGAUUAGUAACGCUCGAUCCGUUUGCGAUGUGGAGACGCGUAAUAUAACCGCGUUUUUCUUCCGCAAAUUAGAACGACAGGUCGUGUGUCGCGCGUAGUUUGUUUUCUCUCGGGGUUACUUCCACGCCGCAACGGGUACGGUCGAUUUCUUUCGUCGGCCGUCACGCAACACACCGAGAAAAUGAAGGGUUUCGCCGUUUGGUCGCGUCCACGAGCUACCACUCGGCUCCCUCGUCUCGUCCCUGGUUAUUGUUAAUUGCCCGUACAAAACCGUGCGUACCUAUUAACCGUAAAUUACGAGUCGCUUCCACAUUAGACCGGCCAGGGGAGAAUUAUUCGUUGUAACGUUCUCAAGAUCUUGUCCUGAUACAUAUUUUAAACUACUUUAUACCGUCGCCGCGCGCCAAUUGAUUUAACGCGGUAAUUUAAUUUUCUGCAAAAAGUUACUUUUUCGUGGUACGCGUGUUACGCGUACAAACACGCAGCUGUUACAGACAAUAAUUUCGCCUCCCUAACUUCCGGAAAAAGGUGGGAGUUUCGAGAAGAAGUUUUGGGUCGGCGUUUUCUGUUCGGUUUUCCAUUUCAACGUAGAAUCUCAUUUCUAAGAUCUUUGAAUACGAAAGCAUUCGAUUAUUCGAUAAUCAAUCGCAAAUACGAAAACCACUGGAGCCGCGUCGAUUCUGGGUAUCGACUUUGAUUUAUUCGCGCGCCUUCGUCUCGUAUACUUCAGUAUUCGUCGUACUAUGUUCCCUUUACGGUUGAAAUAACGAUAAGCGAUCAGGCUUAAAUUCUACGAUGUUCAUAGACUCAACUAAAUGCGUGCUUGAUUUCCUUUAAUACUACGCGUAAUAUCCUAUAAACGUAGACUCGAUAGGUAUGUUAAGCAAGAUUGAACAGUAUCGAUCCGCGAGUCGAAAACUAUUUGUAAUCGAUGGUUAGCCGCGAUGCCGUAGAAUCUCGUUGCAACGCACAUCUCUUUCAAUCCGCGGAACGCGAGCCACGUGUCGCACGGACGUGUUUCAUUCUUUUUGUUUCCUUAUACCGUUGUCUGUGUUCUAUUCUCUGGUUGAUCUGCCACGAUAUCGACGUGUCCCCGCGAUCUAUGGGUUUGUCGAAAGCUUCAUUCGACACUUGUCGCGUACUCCUCAAACUGGCCCUCCGUUUCCACUAGUUGUUCACGCGACGAUCAACCCUUUCGUCGCGGUGAAAAAUUCACACCAGAUCUUCCGUAACGAUAAGACUUUUUUGAAUCGUUUUUUACAUAUAUGUAUACUACUUCCACCUUUCUGUCGAGUCGCGUGUUAUCGCCAUCGCGACUUAUCGGUUAUCGUUCCCCCUUUGGACUGUUUUCCUAUAUUUUGGGAUAUUUUUCGAUUUCGACGCAUUUACAUUGUUUCUCGCUUAAGCAUAGGUCCGUGUUAUAGAUGUAAACGCGAUAGAGACAACAUCGUAGACAUGCUGCACGUUGAAACUUUUAACCGACAUCGAUCUCUGAUUCACGACGGUCAGUUUCAGUCCGUGAUAGUCAAUCUCGAGUUGUUUCCAUAUAGAGUUUCGGUACCGUUCUCGUCGAGUGAUCCGCGACCGUUGUUCUCUCGAGUAAACGAGUAGAACAUCCACGUGACGAGUUGAACUCUUUGCCGAAUCGCGUGAAACGAAAUCCUGGCGAUUUACGCCCCAUCGAUAUUCUUCUUGUUUCUAGUAUGGUGAUUAAAUUUGUUCGGACUUGGAGGAAGCGUCGUAAUACCGAAACAAUCGAUGUCAACUGACUUAUAAACUUGGGUGUAUUUUUUAGGAAGAAGUGUUAGUAAAAUUGUUAUUCCCUGUAUGGAUAUCGUAAGCACCGUAAAACAAAAAAAAAAAAAAAUAAUAACAAA